GGGGCACCGGCUUCUGUUGCGGACUUCUGGGACGCGGUAGAAGCAGCGACUCGAGUGAAGACCGUGUGUUCCGAAUCGUCAAGUGGCUUUUAAGUUCGCUUCUGCAAACCUUUUGGAACAGCCUUCCUAAACGGAGUCUAUUCAACAUCUUGUUUAGAAAAUGGGACGUACGAGACGUCUCGUUACCAUCAAAAGGAGCGGGGUGGAUGGUCCACACUUUCCACUGAGUCUCAGCACCUGCUUGUUUGGAAGGGGUAAUGAAUGUGAUAUCCGUAUCCAGCUUCCUGUCGUGUCAAAACAGCACUGCAAAAUUGAAAUGAAUAAGCAGGAGGCAAUAUUGCAUAAUUUCAGUUCUACAAAUCCAACACAGGUAAAUGGAUCUCCUAUUGAUGAACCUGUACAACUAAAGCAUGGCGAUAUAAUAACUAUUGUUGAUCGAUCUUUCAGGUAUGAAAAUGAAAAUUGUCAGAAUGGAAGAAACUCAGUUGAAUUUCCUGGAAAAAUAUGUGAACAGGAACCAUCACAUCGUGUCUCAAGAUUGAGCUUGUCUUCUGGCCCUGAUAAAAGUGAGGAAAUGUCUUUGAAAAGAAGACGUGUGUCCUUUGGUGGUCGCCUAAGACCUGAAUUAUUUGAUGAAAACUUGCCUCCCAAUACACCUCUCAAAAGGGGAGAAACACCAACAAAAAGAAAGUCACUCGUAACACAUACUCCAACUGUCCUAAAGAAAAUCAUCAAAGAACAGCCUCAAUCUUCAGGAAAAGAAGAGUCUUCAGAAAUUUGUUUGGAAAUGACUGCAGAAAAUGUGUUCAUGAGCUCUUCAGCUCCUAAUGCUGGGAAAACUCCAGUUGCAAAUAAUCAAAGACGUAGGUCAUGCAAAGCAUCACCAGCUUCUAGCAGCAGCAAAUCUCCUCAGCAGACAGACCUUCCUAAGCGAGGUGGGCGAAAGAGUGGCAACUUAUCUUCAAAAAGAACGUCCAUCAGUAGAAGUCAGCAUGAUAUUUUACAGAUGAUUUGUUCCAAAAGAAGGAGUGGUGCUUCUGAAGCCAACUUAAUCGUUGCAAAAUCAUGGGCAGAUGUAGUAAAACUUGGUGCGAAACAAACACAAACUAAAGUUGUAAAACAUGGCCCUCCAAAGCAGGUGGAAAAAAAGCAAAAAAGACCUAAUACUCCAAAGAAGCCUACAAGCAGUGUUCACAAUCAAUUUAGUACAGGCCAUGCAAAUUCUCCUUGUACCAUAAUAAUAGGAAAAGCUCAUAUUGAGAAAGCAAAUGUGCCUGCUCGGCCCUAUAAAAUGUUAAACAACUUUGUCUGUAACCAAAAAAUGGACUUUAAGGAAGAUCUUUCAGGGCUUACUGAAAUGUUCAAGACUCCAGUAAAGGAAAAAACACAAAUGAUGAGCACAUGUUCUGUCACUGUUUCAAAUUCAGAAAACUUACCUGGGAAAAACUUUGAAGUAACUAAUUCAGAAGAAAAAUCUCUGAUUACCACUUCAGAGCUUAUUGGAGAAGAUGUAUUCUCUAGCAUUCAGAAUGCAGGAAAAGAGCCAUCUGAUAAAUACUUUACAAGCCCUCCCUUAAGACAGCAGUGUAUAAAAGAAAAUGAAAAUAUGGUGACAACUCCUAGAAACAACUAUAACAUGACUCAUGUAGAGGUGAAAAUUCCAGGUUCUGAGACAGAAACUUUGAAGACAAUUUCCAAUGCAAACAAGUUAGAAAAGUCUCUGGAACUCAGAAAUAUACAGAUGUCAGCUAUAGAAAGUAAGAGUGAAGAAACAAAAACUGAUACUGUUGAGAAUAUCUUAGGAAGAUGUCUGAGGAAGACACCACUAAAAGAAAAGAGAGCAGAGGAAAAGAUGAAAGAAAAUGAAAGACCUUUUAAAACAUAUAAUAAAAACACUGAAUCGAAAGAAAAUUCUGAAAAUAGGACAGCUCUAAGGAGAUCAAGAAGAACUUCAGAGCUGAAAUGUGAACCAAGAGCUGACCUGAUGCUUCAAAAGUUCCAUGAAACAGUAUCGAUGAAACACCUGGUGGAUAGUCAAGAUAGCCAUUUCCUUCAUACACCAGAUCUCACUGAGGAAUCAAUGGCAGAAGAGUAUAAAACCACCAAAAUAGCCUGCAGAACUUCACAACCAGAAUCAGUCAAUAUCCCAACAAGCACAAAAAAACAGCUGAAGACACCUCUGGGAAAAGUAGAUGUAAAAGAGGAGCUCUCAGUUGUCAGGAUGCUCACAGACUCAGGGGAAACCACACAGACACACAAAGAAUCAGGAGAUGACGAUAAAAACAUCAAAGUGUCUAAGCAAACUCCAAAGCAGAAACUGGACCCAGAAGACUCUGUAACUGGAAUGAAGAGGUGGCCAAAAACUCCGAAGGAAAAGACUGAAUCCCUAGAAAAUCUAGCCAGCUUCAAAGAACUAUUUCAAACACCAAAAUAUACCAACGAGCCCAUGACUAGUGACAAAAUAACCAAAAUACCCUGCAAAUCUCCACAACUAAAACCACUGAACACCCCAACAAGUGCAAAAAAACAACACAAGAUAAGUCUUGGGAAAGUAGAUGUGAAAGAUCCUUCUGCACUGAGGAGAAUAACACAAACAUCAGAAGAAAUCAUGCACAUACAUGCAGCAUCAGUAAGUGAUGAUAAAGACAACAGAGCAUUUAACAUAUCUGCAAAACAGAAACUGGAACCAGCAGAAAAUUUAACUAGAAGCAAGAGAUGGCCAAGGACACCUAAGGAAAAUGCCCAACCCCUAGAAGACCUGGCCAGUUUCACAGAGCUCUUCCAAACACCAGGUCACUCAGAGAAAUCAAUGACUGAUGAAAAAAUUACUAAGAUGUCCUGUAAAUCUGCACAACCAAAAUCAGUGAACACCCCAACAAGCACAAGGAGACGACGCAAGACAACUUCGGAGAAAGUGGUUGUGAAAGAAGAGCUCUUGGCAGUCAGUAAACUUACACGAACGUCAGGGGGAACCAUGCAUACACCAAAAGCACCAGUAGGUGAUCAUAAAGGCACCGAAGCAUCAAUAGAAACUCCAAAGCAAAAACCAGACAUAGAAAAAAAUUUAAAUGUAUGUAAGAGACAGCCAAGAACACCUAAGGAAAAGAUCCAACCCCUAGAAGACUUGUCUUUCUUCACAGAGCUCUUCCAAACACCAGGUCAAUCUGAGGAAUCAAUGACUGAGGAAAAAAUUACUAAAAUACCUUGCAAAGCUUCACAACUAGAACCAGUGGACACCCCAACAAGCACAAAGAGACAACGCAAGACAUCUUUGGAAAAAGUGGUUGUGAGAGAAGAGCUCUCAGCAGUCAGUAAACUCACACAAACAUCAGGGCUAACCCCGUGUACACCAGAAGCACCAGUAGGUGAUUAUAAAGGCAUUGAAGCAUCAACGGAAACUCCAAAGCGAAAAACAGACCAGGAAGAAAAUUUAAGUGUACGUAAGAGAUGGCGAAAAACACCUAAGGCAAAGGCUCAACCCCUAGAAGACUUGUCUGGCUUCACGGAGCUCUUCCAAACACCAGGUCAUUCUGAGGAAUCAAUGACUGAGGAAAAAAUUACUAAAAUAUCUUGCAUAUCUACACAACCAGAAGCAGUGGACACCCCAACAAGCACAAGGAGACGGCGCAAGACAUCUUUGGAGAAAGUGGUUGUGAAAGAAGAGCUUUCUGUAAUCAGUAAGCUCACACAAACAUCAGGAGGAACCACACAUACACCAAAAGCACCAGCAGGUGAUCAUAAAGGCAUUGAAACAGCAAUGGAAACUCCAAAACAGAAACAAGACCUGGAAGAAAAUGUAAGUGUAUAUAAGAGACGGACAAGAACACCUAAAGAAAAGGCUCAACCCCUAGAAGAUUUGUCUGGCUUUACAGAACUCUUCCAAACACCAGGUCAUUCUGAGGAAUCAAUGACUGAGGAAAAAAUUACUAAAAUACCUUGCAAACCUUCACAACUAGAACCAAUGGACACUCCAACAAGCACAAGGAGACGACGCAAGAUAUCUUUGGAGAAAAUGGUUGUGAAAGAAGAGCUUUCUGUAAUCAGUAAGCUCACACAAACAUCAGGAGGAACCACACAUACACCAAAAGCACCAGCAGGUGAUCAUAAAGGCAUUGAAACAGCAAUGGAAACUCCAAAGCAGAAACAAGACCUGGAAGAAAAUGUAAGUGUAUGUAAGAGACAGACAAGAACACCUAAGGAAAAGGCCCAACCGCUAAAAGAUUUGUCUGGCUUCACAGAACUCUUCCAAACACCAGGUCAUUCUGAGGAAUCAAUGACUGAGGAAAAAAUUACUAAAAUACCUUGCAAACCUUCACAACUAGAACCAAUGGACACUCCAACAAACACAAGGAGACAACACAAGACAUCUGUGGGGAAACUAAAUGGGAAAGGAAAGCUUUCAGAGAUCAGGGGAUUUACACGAGUAUCAGAAGAUACCACCCAUACUCCAAAAACACCAGUACAUGAUGAUAAAGGAUUUAAAGCAUCUGUGGAAACUGCACAACAGAAACUAAAUCCAGCAGAAAAUUUAACUGGAAACAAGAGAUCAUUAAGAACACCUAAGGAAAAAGCACAACCCCUGGAGAACCUGGCUGGCUUCACAGAACUCUUUCAAACACCAGGUCCCUCUGAGGAAUCAGUGACUGAUGAAAACAUUAAAGUACCUUGCCAAUCUGCACAACCAGAAGCAGUGGACACCCCAAUAAGAACAAGGAGAUGGCAAAAGACUUCUGUUGGGAAAGUGGUUGUGAAAGAAGAGCUCUCAGAAGUCAGUAAGCUCAUGAAAAUGUCAGGGGAAAACAUGCAUACUCCAAAAGCACCAGUAGGUGAUUAUAAAGACACCAAAGCAUCAAUGGAAAUUCUAAAGCAGAAACCAGACCUGGAAGAAAAUGUAAGUGUAUAUAAGAGACAACCAAGAACACCUAAGGAAAAGGCCCAGUCCCUAGAAGACUUGUCUGGCUUCACAGAGCUCUUCCAAACACCAGGACCCUCUGAGGAAUCAAUGACCGGUGAAAACAUUGCUAAAAUAUCUUGCAAAUCUGUACAAACAGAAACAUUGGACACCCCGAUAAGCACAAAGAGACGGCACAAGACAUCUUUGGAGAAAGUGAUUGGGAAAGAAGAGCUCUCAGCAAUCAGGAGAUUCACACGAUUAUCAGAGGACACCACUCAUGCAUUAAAAGCACCAGUAGGUAAUGUUAAAGGAUUUAAAGCAUCUGUGGGAACUGCAAAGCAGAAACUGGAUGCAGCAGAAAACUUAAAUGUAUUUAAGAGACGGCCAAGAACACCUAAGGAAAAGGUCCAACCCUUAGAAGACCUGGAUGGCUUCAUAGAGCUCUUCCAAACGCCAGAUCACCCUGAAAAAUCAAAGACUGAUGAAAAAAUUACUAAACUACCUUGCAAAUCUACACAACCAGAAUCAGUGGACACCCCAACAAGCACAAAGAGACGAUGCAAGACAUCUUUGGAGGAAGUGGUUGUGAGAGAAGAGCUCUCAGCAGUCAGUAAGCUCAUGCAAAUAUCAGAGGUAACCACGCAUGCUCCAAAAGCACCAGUAAGUGGUCAUAAAGGCAACAAAGCAUCAAUGGAAACUCCAAAACAGAAACCAUACCUGAAAGAAAAUUUGAGUGGACAUAAGAGAUCUCCAAGAACACCUAAGGAAAAGACCCAACCCCUAGAAGACUUGUCUGGCUUCACAGAGCUCUUCCAGACACCACAUCACUCCAAGGAAUCAAUGACUGAUGAAAACAUUACUGAAAUACCCUAUAAACCUUUAGAACCAGUGGACACCUCAUCAAACACCAAGAGAAGGUGUAAGACAUCUUUGCAGAAAAAAGUGGUUGUGAAAGAUGAGCUCUCUGCCAUCAGGGAGCUCACACACACAACACGGAAAACCACACGCACCCGCAGAGUACAUGAUGGUGAUAAUAAAUGCCUCAAAUCUUUUAAGGAAUUGGCAAAUCAGAAACUAGAUCCAGCAACAAAUGUAACUCCCAUCAAGAGGCGGCUAAGAACACGAAAGGAAACCACCCAAACUCUAAAAGGCGUGACUAACUUCACAGAUCUCUUCCAAUCAGUAGGCCACUCUGAGGAAUCAGUAACUGAUGGCAAAACCAGUGAAAUGCCCUGCAAAUCUGCACACCUAGAAUCAGCGAACACUCCAACAAUCCCAAAGCGACAGCUCAAGACAUCUGUGGGGAAAGUGGUUAUGGAAAAAGAUAUCUCAGCACUAAGAAAACAAAAAGAAACAGGGAAAAUCACGCACACACACAAAGCAGUAGGUGAUGAUAAAGGCUUAAAAGUGUUUGAGGAAUCUGCAAAGCAGAAACUGGACACAUCUGAAAAUUUAACUGGCAGCAAGAGAAGGCCAAAGACACAUAAAGAAAAGACCUUACCCCUAAAAGACUUGGUUGGCUUCAGAGAAGCUACCCAUCCCCCACAUCAGGCUGAGGAACUAAGAAAUGAUGCUGAUAAUCUCAAAAGCAUUGCAAAGCAAACACCCAAUAAAGGGAAACCUCUAAAAAUACUCACUAGAGUCCUUCGGGCCCCUAAGGUGAAACCCAUGGACACUAGAGACCCUGUAAAAUCACAGAGCAAAAGUGACACUUCCCUAACUCCUAAGCAGAAAUGUGGAAAAGAUGGACGUGUUACAGGAACCAAAAGGGUAUGCUGGCUGACUACUCCACAGAAAACUGUAGAGGAGAAUUCCAUUAAUAAGAGGCAGAGGACUGAAUCCAGAAAGAGAUGCAAAUCACCUGAGCCCUUGGUGAUACAAAAAAAACGUCUGAGAAUUUCUGAAAAAAGAACUCAACCUGUGGAAGAUCCGAAUAGCAACAACUUGAAAACUGAAGAGAAAGAACACACAGUAGAAGACUUGAUCACUCCAGAUAAGGGGAUGUUCCUGCGUACCAGACGCCAAACUAAAACCAAUGUAGAACAGCAAAGGCCCGAGUUUCUUGUAUCAGCAGAAAAGAUGAAAAUAAAGGGAAAAGGAAAGUCAAUAAAGACCUCCCAAGAGACGGAGCUACAAAACCCAGAGGAUGCAGCCAAGAAACCUAUGUCCAGGGGCAAAGUCAGUGAAAACAGAGUGUGCUUGAGAUCCGGAAGACAGAAGAAGAUACCCCAGCCUAAUACAGAAGAGGAGAAAGAAAAGGAGAAAACUGUGAAAAUUGCCAUGACUCAGAAAGAGAAAGCAGUAACAGAAAAUUCAAACUUCAAGUGUUUGAGAUCAAGACAGAUUAAAAUUGAGCCUAGAGUAAACACUUUGGAAAGUAAAUCUGAGCAGAGAGUACCUCGGAGUACUAAGCGACAUGCAGAAAAUCCAAAAGAGGAUAAGGAUACUGUUUGCAUCAAGAAAAUAAGAACCAGAAGGCAUCGGGACAGCAAAGAAAUUUAAGAAGGAAAAAAUAAUAAAAGUAUUUUAGUGAUAAGUUCAAGUAUACUUUUUGCUGUAAAUUUAAAAGUGAAUUCUGUUAAGUAUUAUUAUCUGCAAGUUAAAGGAAAGAAAGCAUAGUUUCCUGGCAUAGAAUGUUCUAUUUUUAAAACCUCACAUGUAGUUCAUGAAGGGGAUUGUUGAGUAUUCUAGUGAUAAAAAUUGAAAACUGGAAGGAAGAAAGUUUAGGCCAAAGUAUGGUCCUCAACUUUGCAGAAAGAAACCUGAAGUUUAUCGCUUCCUACAAUCAAUGUUAACUUCUAUAAUACUUGCCUCACUGCAUUUUAAUUGCUUAUGUGUUUUUCUGUUCUUCCAUCACAAUGUGAAAGGCAGGAACUUCUAUCCUGAUUGUAUCCCCCAACCCUGAGCAAGGAUUCAGUAAACAUUAAGGAAUGGACAAGGGACUAGAUGAAUGACUUACAAGAUGUGUUUAUAAGGGAGGCAUUUGGUUCUCACACUCAUGCAGUUGGUUAUCUGUACAGAAAAGUAUAUUCCUUAGUGUCCUUGUCGCUUAAGAGGUUAAAUUUAUAGUUAGAAAGAUGAUCUGUGAACACUUGUUCAGAAUCAGUGAAUCACUCUAUUUAGGGAAUGACUUGCCUUUUUAAUGUAAUACUUUUCUAAAUGUGACUAAUCUCAUCUAAGAGGGCCUCUUCCCUCUAAAUCUUAGUGCUACCAUGUAGGGUGGAUCUAAAUUCUUUUUUCUAAAAUUAUGAUUUCUGGUAUCUAUAAAAUCAUUGUACAUCUUUGUGGGAUAUGGUAUUUUUUUUGAAAGAAUGCAUACAUUGUGUAAUUAAAUUAUGGAUGUACAUAUUCAUCUUAUUCAACGUUGAACAUUACAUUAUGUUGUGCACAUUUGAUGAUAAUUCUAUUUUUUUGACAUAUAUAUUGAACUGUCAAUGGCAUUCUGAAUUUAGAAAUACAGCUCUCCAUCUUAGCUUCUUGUGCUUUUAUGUCACUUCAAUCUCCUGAACUUUUUACUAGAUCUGAUUGUACUUGUUCUGUUUCUGACUGUACCUCAUAGUCUGGUAUCACGUGGCACUGGAAGUCACACAACGCUCUCUGAGAAGAGUCGCCAUCUCCUUUUCAGGUCAGACUUUUUUCUUACAUUUCAGACCCAUAGGUGUAACUGUUGUGUAUCUCCCGUGUUACUUUUCACUUUGUCUCCUGUUCCUUUUUCUGUGUUCUUCAAAUCAGAAGAUGCACACCAUCUGUCCAGUCACCCAUCUGGAGCCUUCUGUGUUCUCACAUCUUGCCAGGUUGAAAGGCGGAUAGUAGACUAGACAGGGAUAGGUUGCUUGUAGCUUACAUUUUGCAUUAUAAGGGCAGCCCCUAUCUGUCCACUGUUGUAUUCCCAGUGUCUGGUAUGGAGCCAGACACACUAUUUUAUAAUAAAUAUUU